UGUAGCUGCGUUGUCAGAUAACUGCAGCAGCCUGAAGUGAAGUCUCGAUGAGCACCUGUGACUCUGUCAGCAGCCCCUCCCCUCGGCUCUCUCCAUGGAUGUAAUCUCUGAUUUAACAACAGGUACUUGUGAGGUCCCAGACAAAGUAAACUGUCCAGACCCCGGCGAGCACUUGGCAGGAAAGUCAGAGCAGAGCUGCUCCAGCGCAGAGUCUGUAGAAAUCCCCGUUGAAGCCUCUGCAGACAUGGGUCGUCAAGAGGUCGAAUGGACGAAGGUCAUUGAAAACAUCCAGGAGGGUUUUGACUUCAUGGAGGAGCUGGGAUCGGGGGCCUUCUCAGAGGUGUUCAUGGUAAAGGAGAAGAAGACGGGAAAGAUGUUUGCCAUGAAGUGUGUGAAAAAGAAACAGAAAAGAGACCUCAAUCUGGAGAACGAGAUCGCUGUGCUGAGAAGAAUCAAACACGACAACGUGGUGGGGAUGGAGGACUUCUAUGAAAGUCAGACUCAUUUCUAUCUCGUCAUGGAGCUUGUUUCAGGCGGUGAGCUCUUUGACCGUAUACUGGACCGGGGGGUGUACUCGGAGAAGGAUGCCAGCAGCGUGAUCCAGCAGGUGCUGCAGGCCGUGAGCUAUCUGCACGAAAACGACAUCGUGCAUCGUGACCUCAAGCCGGAGAACAUCCUGUACUACAGCCAAGAUGAGAACUCCAAGAUCAUGAUCAGUGAUUUUGGGCUCUCCAAGAUGGUGGACAACGACAUCAUGUCGACAGCCUGUGGCACCCCGGGAUACGUAGCUCCUGAAGUUUUGGCACAGAAGCCGUACAGCAAGGCAGUGGACUGCUGGUCUAUCGGAGUCAUCACCUACAUCUUACUCUGUGGAUACCCCCCUUUUUAUGAAGAAAGUGAGACGAGACUGUUCUCCAAGAUCAUGAAGGCGCAGUAUGAGUUUGACUCGCCCUUCUGGGACGACAUUUCUGAAUCUGCUAAAGAUUUCAUCCGUAACAUGAUGCAGAAGAAUCCCAGCAUGCGCUACUCCACUGACCUGGCGCUCAGACAUCCCUGGAUUAUCGGAAAGACGGCCCGGAGCCAGGACAUCUACUACUCUGUCAGCGUUCAGAUCCAAAAGAACUUUGCCAAAUCCAAGUGGAAGCAAGCCUAUAAUGCUACAGUAGCCAUCAACCACAUGAAGAAGCUGCAGCUGGCCCACUCGGAGCAGGUCCUGAGGAAAACCAGUAUCCCAGACAUCAACGUGAUCGACGUGUCCUCCCCCCCGAAAAACCCCAGACGUCUUGAUCCAGACAAAUGUGACCACAAGUUAAGGGACACCAACGGGAAAGUAAAUGAGACGAUCCACAUGUCUCUGCCCACGAGCCCUUUUGAACUAAAGAGUCAUGUCCACACACUGAAGGCCACGCAGAGCCUGGCCUCCCCGCAUCACGCGCCCUCCAUGGCCGAGCAGGGCAAGAACGUCUACCACUCGGAGCCCGCCAACCUCAACGGAUAUGGUAAAAACCGUAACGGCAAGAAGGUGCAGACUGGAGUUUGCUCCGUCAUGUGAAGGCUGCAGGAAGUUUACUUGGAAACAAGCAUUUUACUUGAUCAGUGUUGCUGUGCUGACUCAGCAUGCAGCUGUUUUGUGUCGGCAGGUCCCCCGGUACUGUGGAUGAGAAGCGGUUGAACCUAUGAUGGACCCCAACGGUCUGCGAGGUCCACACAGUCAGUGGGAUAUUUUUAAUUUUUUGGAAAGAGUGCCUAUGAAGCUUCCCGACUGCAACACAGAAACGCACACACACACACACACACACACACACACACACACACACACGCACAACAUUCAGAUGCACAAGACUCACUUUAACUCGCAUGCACAGGGUAGACUUCUGUUACACAGGUACAGACUGUAUUUAAGAGACGGGCUCACCUGCUGCUGUGUGUGCAGCUCCUUCAUGGUGAAGCAGCCCCCGAACCUCUGAACACCUCAUGAAGGCUUUGUAUCACAACUCCUGGUUUUUAAUCCGAGAGAGUUUAAUUCAUCAGCACACACGUGUUCAUUUUUAUUAGGACUGUGUUAACAUGUGUAAAAUAUUAUUCUUUAGCCGACCUACAUUUGUAAGCGCAAAAGACUAAAUGGAAAAAGUGCACGCGUACUGCUUUUAACAAGCCAUACUAGUCUAAUCUAUUCCUUUUUUUAUUACCUUUAUUGUGUUAAUUGUUUGAUGUUCUGCUUAAUUUUUUUAUUUCUAAAGUUUUUCCUCCCUUUAAAAAAACCAAAACAUAAAAACAACAUAAUAUAUUUUCAAACGGACAGAAAUCAUUAACAGUGUAAAUGCCAUAACUUGCCAACUCGUAGCUAUAACAUGCCAUCAACCUGCUAGAAUAUAAAGUGUGAUUUACAUUCUCUGUAAUAGAUGUUUUUCAACGUACUGUAAGCGGUUCAUUCUGCACAUCUGUUUGUUUCCAGCUGUACUGUAUGUCGCUGUGUGUCCAUGCAUUGGACAGCUCUUGAUCUAGUCCCGUGUAUUAUGAUGGGAUCCCUGUAAGCUCAUUAAUAAAGUACAAAAUCUGAA